CGGGCACUUUUUGCAGUUUCGCAUGACACUUCUGCUCGGCACGGACAGAAGAAUCUUUAUUCUCCUCGCCGUUUGCUGGAAAAGACAUGGCACUGAUGGGAGUUCAGCUGGUGGUCAGCUUGCUGGCUGUUAGCAUAAUGCAGAAGAUGGCUCCACAUUGCUCCUUUGCUCGAUGGCUCCUUUGCAACGGCAGUUUGUUCCGGUUCAAACACCCAUCAGAAGGACAGCUGUGUGCGCUGGCAGGGAAGCAAAUGCCUAAACAGACCAGGAGAGACAGGCGACAGAAUGGUGAAAGUAAACCUCUCACUGUGCCCAAAGAUAUCGACCUUCACCUGGAGAAAAGUCCAGUAAAUGUCAUUGACGCUCUUGUGUUGCAUUUUUUCCUGGAGUACCAGUGGCUGGUGGAUUUUGCAGUCUAUGCAUCAGGUGUCUUUCUGUUCACGGAGUGCUACUACAGCAUUGUGGAUGCCAGCAAGGAGGUUAAUAUUGGCGCCAUCUGGUGUGUCUUGACCAUACUCUUCUGUCUAAAGACCCUUCACACUCUGAUGAGUCACUACUUCCGCUCUGAAGAGGGAGGCGAAAGCUCUGUGUGCCUUGCUUUUGGCUUUCUGUCACUGCUUGUGGCCAUGCUGGUGCUGGUGGUUCGAGAGGACUACUUGGAGUUUGGCCUGGAGUCUGGAUUCAACAGCCUCUUUGACAAUUUAGAAAUCUUUAUCCGACAGCAGGGCUACUCUGACUGGUCAAUCCCUGUGACUAAGCUGACGGUGAAGCUCUGUCUUGCUGCUGUCUGUGCUUACAUCGGUGCUCUCCUGGCCUUCCCUGGACUUCGACUGGCUCAGACUCACCUGGAUGCUGUACACAUGCACUCAGACCGUCCGCUUCUUCAGAUUCUGUUGCACCUGAGUUUCCUGUCUCCGGUGAUUGUUCUGGUGCUCUGGGUGAAGCCAGUUAUGAGAGACUUUCUGGCCAAUGCACCUAUGGGGAAGUCUUCUGUCACACUAGUGUCCAGUGAAGCGUUUGACGUUAUGCGCCUGUGGAUCAUCGUGGUGCUCUGUGCCCUUCGGCUGGCUCUCACCCGUUACCACUUGCAAGCCUACCUCAAUCUGGCUGAGAAGUGGGUGGAGCAGAUGAAGAAGGAGGCGGGGCGUAUUGCUGCGAUUGACAUUCAGAGGAAGGUCACACGUGUGUUUUGCUAUUUGACUGUUGUUACUCUGCAGUAUCUUCUUCCUGUUCUGCUCAUUCUUUUCUCCACGCUGUCCUUCAAAGCUCUUGGGGCCUUGUCCUGGGGUGUGGUUCCAGAGGAGGCCCCUGCAGUGACACCAGCAGUGGUUAUGCCCACAGCAGCACCUGUGUUUUCUGAUGGUGUGGAUGAAGAUGGGAUGGAAGACAUGGAGGAGGACAUUCAAGCCACGGUAGCGCACCUGUCGGGACUCUUCGCUGCAUUUCGGUCUGUCCUCACUCCCCUUUUCUUCCGAGGUCUCUUUGCCUUCUUCACCUGGUGGGUGGCUGCCUGCCAAGUAAUCAGCUCUCUGUUCGGGAUCUACUUUCACCAGUACCUUAUGCACAACUAGCUGGCAGAAACGGUGUCACAUUUUGUUACACUUGGAGCAUGUCCAAUUUUUGCAAAGUUGUUGGAGAGGAGGCGUCCAGAGGGGAUGUUUUGUUAAACCACAGCUUUGGGUAUUUGGCAUCUUGUUUCGGCUAUGAAGCAUUUUCAUCUGGAUGUUAUAAAAUCAGAUGGGUGAUGAAUGCUGGCAUUUACAAUAUUAGUCUCUGAGUAACAGGCUGCUCAUAUGAGUAAGAAAAAGGGUAAAGUGACACAAAGAGCCUCAGUUAAAACUGCUGACAAUGGAAAGAAUGUGACUUGGAAGAAGGUGCAAGCCACAAUACUUAUUCAGAUUUACAGAGAGAAGCUUCAGAGGAGACCAUCUGCACCUUUAUGACAGGUCUGACCUAUAGAUAAGCGACAACAGAGGAACCCGAAUAAAUGAGUGGAGGAACAAC